AUGAGGACUUUCGGCAACGGAGGGAUGCUUGUAACAUUCCGGGUCGAUAGCCUUGACGAUUACACUGGAAUGGCUGCGUCUACAAUAUACAUGUACGUAAAAAAGUUUAUGGAUGCAUUACUUUGGCUUUUUAACGAUCGUUACAUGAGGCGCGCAACAACCGAAGAUACAAAGAGGCUAUUAGCUGAGAAUGAGGCUCGUGGAUUUCCUGGAAUGUUUGGAAGCCUCGAUUGUACCCAUUGGGAGUGGAGGUGUUGUCCUACUGACGAAGAAGGCCGACACGUUGGACAAUAUAAGAAAUCAAAUCUUGUUUUACAGGUUGUUGCAUCAUACGACAGAUGGUUCUGGCACUGUUACUUUGGUGCGCCCGGUGCUAACAAUGACUUAAAUGUUUUGGACCAGUCGGGUUUGUUUGAUAGAGAGAAGAACGCGUUGGAUCCUCCUUGUGAAUUUCGCAUCAACGGUCACGUGUACAGACAUGGAUACUAUUUGGUUGACGGAAUCUAUAAUGAAAUGCCUGGGGUUGUUCAUGGUUAUAAGAGACGUCAGACUAUGCCGGCAAUCCAUAAGAAAUUUAAUGAAUACCACUCUGCGAUGCGGAAGGAUGUGGAGCGUGAUUUUGAGGGUCUAAAAGCCAAAUGGGUUAUAAUUAGGAAUCCUUGUCGUUACUGGUUUCCUCGUGACUUAAACACAAUUAUAAGAGCUUGUUUAAUAAUGCAUAACAUGUGUGUGGAGUAUGAAUAUCGUGAUAGGGUAUGGGCGAGGUAUGAUGGAAAAGAAGAAACACCUCUGGUACAAGGUAACGUGACUGAAGCGCGUGCUUAUUAUAGAAGCCAUGCCCGCUGGAGACACUUGCAAGCAGAUAUAACGGAGCACAUCAGGCAGCGUCACAUUCAAGGACUGCGACGACGCAUUAACACCAAACUUUAA